CAUUGUGUUGAUUUUUAAUUUUUUAUUUUCUGCCGAAGGCGCUCAAUCCCUGAUUCGUUCAAGCGCCUGGUUCCCAUGUUUUUUAAGCGCCUGUCUCCCCUUGUAAUUAAGCGCCUGGCUCCCCUUGUAAGCAGGCGCCUGGCUCCCCUUUUAAGCGCCUAGCUCCCCUUGUAAGCAAGCGCCUGGGUCCCCUUUUAAGCGCCAGGCUCCCCUAUAAGCGCCUGGCUCCCCUUGUAAGCGCCUGGCUCCCGUAUUACUUUAACCGCCUGGCUCCCCUUCUAAUUUAAGCGCCUGUUGCGAUUGUUUGCUUAUAUCUUGUGCUGAGUUACGUCUCUAUUAAACAAUGCUAUGUUUCCUUGUAAGAAUAUGCUUUUAUUACUUUUGGUACUGGUUUAAUGACUUUCUCCGCUUCACUAUUCAAUAGGAAACGUUAGGGGGGGGAAUGCUUUAGCUGUUAUUUCCAAGCUAGCCGUUAGGGAGAGCUACACAGCUCAUUCGAUGUGGAAAGCGGGGGAUGGGUGUCUGUUUUCAUUCAUCAUCCUUGGUCCAUGCCUGCCUGGCAUAACAAAUGCCUGAAAAGGGGUACUUGUUGUUGCCAUGGCUACACAGUACAGCACUGCUUCAAAGGUGAGAAUGUAGCACCUUUGCUGCCCUGGACCCUCCCCCUUUUCCUCCUAAAUCUAGAGCGCCAUUUUUGAAGCCACCUUUGAGGUGAAGACUACUAGUUCUUGCUCUGGCUCUUGGUCCUUUUUUUCUUUUGUUUGGGGUUUCCAAAAAAAAAAUUUAGCAAUGGAAGACAGCACCAGAAUAGGUGGUAGGGGAGCAAGCUGGAAACCAGAUGAGACUAGGUGUUUGAUUGCUAUUUGGGGAGAAGAGACAGUACAAAUGCAACUCAGCAAAAACCACAGGAACAUCUGUGUUUAUGACAAAAUUGCUUCUCAACUACGUAAACAUGGAUUUAAUCGUUCCGCGGGAGAGUGUAGAACGAAGGCUAAGGCUCUGAAACGCGGUUAUAAGAAAGCAGUGCAGUUGUCCAAGACGAGUGGAAUGGGAGCUAUUGAUUUUCCAUUUUUCAGUGAACUCCACGACAUCUUUGCUGGAGACGCGAGCAUUGAGGCAAAAAGAGCGGCGGGCGGAAAUGCUCUAAGGUUUGAGAAAAAGACCGACACUCCGGAGAUGCCGCCUGACACGCGCGUUCUUAGCUCAACACCUAAUGAUUCUUCUGAGGAUCUAUUCACUCAUGACGCGGUUCAAGAACACUUUGUUUUAAACUUGACUUCAGUUCAGGAACAAGACGAAGACCUCACACAAAUUGGGUCUGAGGAAGAAGAUGUUGGUCAAACUGGGGAGUCCGUCACGGAACAGCACAUUACUUCGGAUGGGGACCAAGAUGGUACUGAGUUUCCAAACCUUCAGCCUGUUCUAAUUCAGUUGUGA